CUCGUUGCCGGCCGCCUCAGUGAGUCUACCGAUCGCCGAGACCGCGUUACGACAAUAAUAUAAUAUAAUAUAUAUUUUAUUUUUUUUUGACGUUCUCGUUGUUUACACGCACUACGCACGCACACACCUCUGCGCUGAUAGCGGCCGACGCUGUUUGCGCGCGACCACCAAUCGUUUAUAUUAUUCUAUCGUUGUCGUGUACCUCAGUAGUAGUUGUUGUCGGUACCGCGAUAUUGUGUGCUGCAUUCCGCCUGUACACGAUAAUAUUACGUCAAUAAUCUUCGUCGUCGUCGUCGUCGCCGCCGCCGCCGCCGUCCGUAUCAUAAUAAUAUUAUUAAUUUCGCAAGCGCCGCGGCCGUUUACGAAUCGAUCGGCCUCCGCCGCCGCCGGAAUUGAUGCUGCCCGUCAUCCGAGUGCGAUCGUCGCGUCCCCUCUGUCGUCGUCCUACCGUGCACCGCCGUCCACUGUAAAUGGUAAUGUUCGCGAAACGUCGCAAUCGAUUUACUAUCAUCAUAUUAAUACCUAUCAUUACCUACGUAUUACCUAUCAUUAUAUUAAAUAGAUGUGUCAACGUGUGCAAGUAGCUUCGUAAUGAAGACAUGGUGACGUAGCUGGUUGUUUGUGUUCAAUACACUCCUGGAGAAUGCUUGUGUCAAAUCUUAUUCAUCGUGUUUGGAUAAUAUGGGUCACUGUUAUUGCAGUGUGCACCUGUGUUCCGGUACCAUGUCCUCAAGAUACAUGUGCACUGUCUGACGUUAAGGACAAUCAAUGUAGAGAUUUAGAUGCAUACCUUAAGUGUAUGAAAUCAUUAUCGAAAAAAUGUCGUGGCGACAUUGGGUAUCAUUCAGCUAUUACAGUAUCAAAUUCAGAGUUCAAAAAGAAAUGCAUCGGCCAUGAAGAUUUCUCCAGAAAUAAUAGUGGUGAAAAUUCCCAAAUGGUUCCAUCAACUCACAAUGCUUGCCCAAUGCUAUUUGAUGAUAAAAAAGAACACCGGUUUUGUGGCUUGUUUGGCGAUCCUCACUUGAGGACAUUUGAUGGCAAAUAUCAAACUUGCCGAAUUCAUGGAGCUUGGCAAGUGAUUGACAAUCCAUUUUUCAGUAUCAUGGUAACCAAUGACGCAGUUUUAAAUAGCACAACAGCCACAGCUCCAACUAAGUUGACAGUCAUGUUAAAAGCACAUAAACCUGAGUGUACAUCGUACAAAUUGUUCGAAGCACAAGGAGAUUCUCAGUUGCCGGAUAAAUUUGUAGAUAGUACCACUUCAUCUGGACCAGCUUCAUCGCCAACUGUUUCUCUUUCCUGGCGCUCCAAUGACAACAACAGUGAGACAGUAAUCAUACGAUUAUCAUAUAUUUCUACAAUUAUAACUGUGACACGUGUUGGCAAAUAUCUGUCCAUUUCUGCUAAAUUGCCAGACCAGUUAGCGCAAGUAUUUGAUCAAGACAAGAAUGUAUUGUGUUCCUCUGGUUGUCCAACUUCUGAACAAAUAGAUAUAAAACAAGUUACAAUAAGUGAAUUAGAUCGCGGAUUGACUUUAUGUCACAACAGUAUUGGACCCACCGGGCACAAACUAACUGAUCAGUAUUUAGAUUGGUGUGUGUUCGAUAUGAUGACUUCUCACGAUGAACAGUUCAUCAAAGCUUCACAUGCAGCGUACUCUGAUGUAUUGUUUUUCGAACCACGCUCUUUAUUUAAUAGGACGGUUAGUGUAUUUGAGUUUAAUCCCGAUUCAACGGCCGAUGCCAAUUGUAUAUGUAGAUUAAACUUAUUUAUUCUCACUAUUAUUGCAUUGUACAACUUUCUUUGAGUGUUCCUAGUAUUGUAGUUUAAGAAGACAUCAUACCUUAAUUUAUUGUCUCUACCUUACACACGUCCAACAUCACAAUAUUCUAUGUUUAA